AUGGUUGACUCUAUUAGUCGUAUCACUUCGGCACUGGAAUCAGCACGCGUGAUAACCUUAGAGGCAGCAGCCGUGGCCUCCUCCAAGCUGAGUGAGUCAUCAUAUACACACUACUCGCAGGGCAUUGCACCAGAACAACUAAGAGAUUUGCUGAGCUCAAGAAACCCAAGGGAGGUCAAGGAUGGACUGAGAAGACUGAUAGCCGUGAUAGCUUCUGGUGAUAACUCGAUUGAUGCCGAGUCGUAUUUUGCAGAUGUGGUAAAGAACAUCAUCUUCAAUGAUGCCAAGGUCAAGAUGCUGGUAUGUAUAUACUUGCAAAGAUUUGCUGAAAGAGAUACGAAUCUAGCUUUGUUAUCCAUCAAUUCUCUGCAGAAGACUCUCUCUGAUGGAAAUCCUGACACUAGGUCGCUCUCGAUAAAAGCACUUUCAGAUAUAAAGGUCCCAUCUCUGUAUCCGAUUGUGUUACACACACUGAAAAAGGCUGUCUCAGAUCCUUCUGCAACUGUUAGAAAUGAAGUGUCUUAUGCUGUCCUCAAGCUUUUCAUUGCGCAGAAUGAAGAUAUUGAAGAUGAGCUAAUUGUAUUGUUGAAAGACUUAUUAUCAGAUGCAGACCCGCAAGUCAUCUCGUCAGCUGUUUUAGUGCUGAAAGAAUGCUUUCCCGAGAAAUUGGAACUGCUAAGUGGCCAUUUUCGCUACUUUUGCAAUGUUUUGCAUGAAUUGGAUUCUUGGUCUCAGGUGGCACUAAUACCUCUAAUGAUAAAUUACACCAAAAAAUUCAUACCUCGUCCCACUGUUGUUGACACGUCUAGCCAGGAAUCUAUAACACUGCCGGAUAGAUACAAUGAGAUCAAGUUUCCUGUUUACGAUGUAAUGAACCAUCCCGACUUGGACCUCUUCUUUAGAUCACUCGAAAAACUGGUUUACUCAUCUAAUGCAGCUGUUAUAGUGGCUUCUUCUAAUGCCUUUCUGCAGUUGGCAACUCCAGUGCAAUUUAAGAAGUCCCGCUUUCCACAAGCCUUAAUGAGAGUCGUCUCAUUUUCUGCCAAUAGAGGUAUUCAGAUAUCGGUGCUCCAGACUGUCUUAUUACUCUCCUCUGUGGACUCUACAUUAUUCUCACCCUAUAUCAAAAAAUUCUUCGUUUUACCAUCUGAUUGUCCAACAGUUGGUUCUCUAAAGAUGAAGAUUCUCUCUUUUUUGAUUAAUGAAUCUAAUGUCAAGAUGAUUGUGAAAGAGCUGAAAUAUAUCAUAUCAGCUUCUGGUAUGCCAGCGCUAGUGAUUGCGGCCACAAACUCGCUAGCAGAGUGCGCCAAACUGUCUCCUGGAUGGGAGGCACAUAUAAUAAAAGAUUUGGUCUCUCACAUGGAAGUUGACAAACUUCCAUCUUCCGUCUUGGGUUCCUACGUUGACGUUAUAAGAGCCUUAGUACAGAGAUCACCUCAGCGACACUUGUCAAGCAUCAUGAAACUAGCAGAAGUGCUUGAAACAAGGAAGUCUUUAGAUGACAAAGCAAAAGCAGGUAUUGUUUGGUUGUUUGGCGAAAUCGCAGGCUUUGAGUACAAGAUAUGUCCCGACGUUUUGAGAAAAUUGGUUCCCGGCUUUGCAUACGAAGGACCAGAAACCAGACGCCAAAUUCUGUUACUUUCUGCAAAAUUACUAUCCUACGAUAUCGACAACUCUAAAGUGGAGGGCUCAGAUGAACAGUAUGAUUUUGAUAACUCCAGGAUUGCUCAAAUUUACAAAUACGUGCUUUACCUGGCCGAAUUUGACGAAGAAUUCGAUAUAAGGGAUAGAGCUCGUACAAUUUCAUCGCUAUUUGAGUCUGGUAAACAUGAGAUUGCCAGCCUGCUUUUCCAGGCACCAAAACCAACCCCAAGGGUGGCAUUAGCUUUGAACGAUUUGAAUGAAGAAGAGAUUGAUGAAGGCCAAUGCGAUUUUAGCACUUUCCGACUUGACAGUAGUGUCUUAGCUCAUCAUAAAAUGAUCCCAUGGAACAGCAAAGAAGAGGAGACAUCAGAAUACGUAGAGAUUCCAGCAACGUUGAAGGACUACUCUCGAUACAAAAAAAGCUUUUCUUCAGAGGCUCCAAACAGAGCAGGUUCAAGAUCAUUUGCCUCAUCUUUGGAACCUGCUACUCCAUCAUCUAACAUUUCUAGUACUGGAGUCACGUCAAGGCAGGGCAAAAAGUACCGUUUGCAAACUUUGGAUGAGUUCUUCUCGGAUAUUCCUACAACAUCCAAUGCAUCUCGAAAGAAGAAAAUCGUUCUUCAAGAAGAAAGCACUAGCGAAGAAGAUGAUAGCGAUGAGGCUGAACCUUCUGACGAAUAUCAAGAGGAUGACAGUGAUGAAACCAGUACUUCUUCUUUAUCAUCUUCAUCCGCCACGGAUCUUGUAUAA